CCGCCGGCGAGACCAACCAGGAGCGCGGGCGGACUUGGCCGGCCCCGCCCCGGUCCGCCCCCUCGGCCUGCCCUCUGCGGGACGCGUGGACCCCGGGGCGCGCACCGUUCCCUCCAGAACCCCUGGAGGACUUGUUUCUGCUGCGUUGUGGAUGGCUCGCCGCUUGAAAAAGGCCCCGUCCGAAAUCUGCGGCCGGGGGCGGUGGAGAUGGGGGGUGUUGGGAUCCGCGGUCCUGGAGACCCCGGCCCAGAGACCUCUGCCGGCGGGAGUCCCCGUGAUCUUUCCGUGUGUGUACUCGCCCGGACCACGUGGGCGGACCAAGUUCAGUAGCGCCCUAUGAACGCCGGUAGCGAAGGGGGCCCCUGGGCACGAGCCCUUCGCCCCGGUUGCUAUGCGCUGCGAGCACAGGACUGCGCGGUUCCGGAGAAGGCAGCUGCCGCGGCGCUUGGAGGUCAGCCGGCGCGAUGGAGGGGCUGCUGCACUACAUCAACCCGGCCCACGCCAUCUCCCUCCUCAGCGCGCUCAACGAGGAGCGCCUCAAGGGGCAGCUGUGUGACGUGCUGCUGAUUGUCGGAGACCAGAAAUUUCGAGCUCACAAAAAUGUCUUGGCUGCCAGCAGUGAAUACUUCCAGAGUUUAUUCACAAAUAAGGAGAAUGAGUCACAAACUGUAUUUCAACUUGAUUUUUGUGAACCAGAUGCUUUUGAUAAUGUUUUGAACUACAUUUAUUCUUCAUCUUUAUUUGUCGAGAAAAGCAGCCUCGCUGCCGUGCAGGAGCUGGGCUACAGCCUCGGGAUUUCCUUUCUCACGAACAUCGUCUCGAAAACCCCCCAGGCCCCCUUUCCGACGUGUCCCAACAGGAAGAAAAUAUUCAUAGACGAUGACGAAAGCAGUUCUCAGAAGAGAAGUGUCAUCGUUUGUCAGAGCAGAAACGAAGCACAAGGCAAAGCUGCCGGUCAGAAUCCGCCCGACCUGAGCCACACUUCGCGGCCCUCCCCCAGCCUCGCGGUCAAGACCAGCACCGCCAAGCCCCACGUCCCAAAGCCAGCGGAAGCGCCUCACUCGUUGUCAGCGGCUGACAAGAGUUGUUGGCCCAAGGAUGGUCCGGCGGGCUAUGCACAGCCUCUGGAGCAUUCCGGGUCGCUGGACGAUCCUCACAGGAGCAGCCUGGGGAAGAGGAGUGCAGCACUGCAGUCCAAGUCUCUGCCGGACAGGGAGGCGGCGGACGAGGAGGUGGGUCUGAGCGGCCAGCUGCCUCGAGGGAGGGCCAUAGAGCUGGCCUUGAAGAGACCACGACCGCCCGUCCUGUCUCUUCGAAGCUCGUCGGAGGCCCCCUACGUGCUGAAGGAGACUGGCCAGGGAAGCGGGCCGGGCGAAGACAGAAACCUGCUGUACUAUUCGAAGCUGGGGUUGGUGGUCCCGUCGGGCGGCCCCGGUUCCGGAAAGCAGGGCAUCGACAGGAGUGGCCCGCUCGUCAAGAGUCUCCUCAGACGGUCGCUGUCCAUGGACAGCCAGGUUCCGGCCUACUCGCCCUCCAUAGACCUGAAGUCUUCCCAGGGGCCGUCUGCAGUGGCCGGGGAGGUGCCCGCGAACGUGUUCUGUGCCCUGUCUCAAAAGCCCGCUUUGAAAGAGCGCGGCGACAAGUCCGCCCCAGAGGACCGGCCCCCGGCCCCCCAGCCGCACCGCCUCAGGUCCUUCAGCGCCUCUCAGUCCACCGACAGGGAGGGCGAGCCUGCCGUGACGGAGGUGCGAGUCAAGACGGAGCCCCGCAGCCCGCCGGGGGACCCCUCCGACAUCAUCCGAGUCACCGUGGGAGACCCGGCGGCCGCGUCGUCCGUCACCAGAGACCUCUCCCUGAAGACCGAAGACGACCAAAAAGACAUGAGCAGGCUCCCGGCCAAAAGGAGGUUCCAGGCGGACCGAAGACUGCCAUUUAAGAAGGUAAAGGAGGGCGAGCACGGGGCUCCGGUGUCCGAACAGAACUUAGAGGAGGGCUCGAGCCCUCCUCUCCCCGGUGCCGAGUUUCCAGACUCUGACUUGAAUAAAGAGGAAUUUGGUGAGUUGGAGGGAACGAGACCAAACAAAAAGUUUAAAUGCAAACACUGCCUUAAGAUCUUUAGGUCCACAGCAGGCCUUCACCGGCACACUAACAUGUACCACAACCCAGAGAAGCCCUAUGCUUGCGACAUCUGCCACAAGCGCUUUCACACGAACUUCAAGGUGUGGACGCACUGCCAGACCCAGCACGGCGUGGUGCGGAACCCGUCGCCGGCCUCCAGCUCACACGCCGUGCUGGACGAGAAGUUCCAGAGAAAGCUCAUUGACAUAGUGAGAGAGAGAGAGAUUAAGAAGGCCCUGAUCAUUAAGCUGAGGCGCUGCAAGCCCGCUUUCCAGGCGCAGGGUAGCUCCCAGGCCCAAGCCAUCAAGAGGAACUUGCGGUCGCGAGCCAAAGGAGCCUACAUCUGCACUUACUGCGGAAAGGCCUACCGCUUUCUCUCGCAGUUCAAGCAGCACAUAAAGAUGCACCCGGGAGAAAAGCCCGUUGGCCUCAGUAGAGCUGCUAAGCCCAAAGAGCAUGUUUCUCUCGGGAGCCCGGUAGAGAACAAGGAGGUUUACCAGUGCCGCCUCUGUAAUGCUAAGCUCUCUUCUCUUCUAGAGCAAGGAAGCCACGAGCGGCUGUGCCGGAACGCAACCGUUUGCCCCUACUGCAGCCUUAGGUUUUUCUCGCCCGAGCUCAAGCGGGAGCACGAGGGCAAGUGCGAGUACAAGAAGCUGACGUGCCUCGAGUGCAUGCGCACCUUCAAGUCCUCCUUCAGCAUCUGGCGGCACCAGGUCGAGGUCCACAACCAGAACACGAUGGCGCCGGCCGAGAACUCCUCCCCGCCCGGCCUGGACCACAACGGCGACACCGCCGCCGCCGCCUCCCGGCCCCAGGCCCAGGCCGAGCCUCAGAAGGCCAACCACGCAGCGGCCGCCAAGGACGACGCCGCGUUCAGCGACUGCUCCGAACAGGUGAACUUCGACUCCGAGGACUCUUCCUGUCUCCCCGAGGACCUCAGCCUUUCGAAGCAACUGAAGAUCCACGUCAAGGAGGAGCCCGCCGAGGAGGCCGAGGAGGAGGCGCCCGAGGCCCAUGCGGCCGCCAAGGACGCGGGCCCCAGCAAGGACAGCAACCUGUGGCCGUGCGAGAAAUGCGGCAAGACGUUCACGGCGCACAAGCAGCUGGAGCGGCACCAGGAGCUGCUGUGCUCCGUGAAGCCCUUCAUCUGCCACGUGUGCAACAAAGCCUUCCGCACCAACUUCCGCCUCUGGAGCCACUUCCAGUCCCACAUGUCCCAGGCUGCUGAGGAGCCCGCACACAAGGACUCGGAGGCCUGCCCGCUCCCCACAAACUCGCCGUCCCCUCCCCCGCUGCCCCCACCCCCGCCGCUGCCCAAGAUCCAGCCUCUGGAGCCCGACAGCCCGACGGGCGCGGCCGAGAGCCCCGCUCCAGCCGCCGAGAAGCUCUUUGUGCCCCAAGAGUCCGACACGCUUUUCUACCACGCCCCGCCCCUGUCGGCAAUCACAUUUAAGAGACAGUUCAUGUGCAAACUGUGCCACAGGACAUUCAAGACGGCCUUCAGUCUUUGGAGUCACGAGCAAAGCCACAACUGAGGGGCCAGCCCUCUUCCCUCCUACGGAACGGGGGGAGCCUCCAGGUUUCAACCAGAUUGUGAGACGUGCGUGAGAAACAAAAUAUUUUUUGGAGAAAGAGAAUAAUAAAGGUUGGAAAUUGUUUUGCUUGAAUAAAAGCUUGAGGUAAAUGGAUAGUCACUAGCAGGGCCCUUACUCGGCCUAGAGAAACUAAACUGCCUUGUGCUCCGGACCUCACAGCCACGCGACGACCUGGCUUCGUCCCUGUCGAAAUCCGACCGAUUCAGGUGGUUUGCAUGGGCCCUCGUUCCACAGGGUCGGUUCUCUUGCUGGAGGUGGUUUGGGGUUUUUACUGACUUGCGGUCCGAGAAAUACUAUUUGAGUAUUUCUUUCGAUUGUAUCGGACCCCUAAGUUCUGGUUACGUCUCAGCCGUGUCCUGAAGCGCGCAGCAUGGCAGGAGGAAGCGGAGUAGUUUGCAGUGUUGACUUAGAUCUUAGGACACUUUAGCAAUAAAACAAUAAGCCUCAACUGUAAUAAGUUAUCCUGACACUUGAUAACAAUAAAUAUUUGGUAUUUUGUGGUCCCGUGGACAUUUUUUUGUAUGAAAGUUGUGAGGAGUUUAAAUCAGCAAUAGUAAUACUUAGAUUUUUAUAAAAUAACAGAAAGUUGCUCUUGGGUCACUUCCUAUAAUUAAGGAUGAAAGAUGUGGGCGAGGAAAACACGAGGGUUUCUGGAAGGCCUCUAAGUUUGCGGAAGCUUCAGCGGCGCUGGGCGCUGCGGUCAGAGCUGCUGCCCCGGGCCGUGUGUGCGUGCACAUCCCGGCUCUCCUCUCCGACCCACACGCGGGGCACGCGGGGUGUCGGCAUCCCGACCUCGCGCUGCCACAGGGAAAACCCGAGCGCAUUUGGGACAGAAAACAAAGGUGGCACGAGGCGCUCACUGAUGUCGAGUGUAACCACGUUAGUGUAACGCGCGAGGUCGGGACGCACAUCUGCGCACGCGGAGCCCGGGCCCUGGAGUCGGCAGCGUGCAGUGCGCUCGGCCCGGAGUUGGCGCUGGGAGGCAGGGGCGCACCGCCCCGCAGGCCCCACGCGCCCUGGAGAACGGAAUUCACAGCGUGAGCUUCCCGCCUCCGUCUCGUGACGGUUUCGGUUAGAACCGCUGGGAGUUUCUUGUGUCCUCAGUGCACUCGUGCUCCGGCCGCGGCCUCGGUGGUAGUGAAAGCGCUACCAAGGGUCCAAAAUGAGUCUCCGCUACCUAAUUUGGCCCAGAGGGUUUGGACUGCUUUUUUUUUUUCUUUUUUAAUUUUUUUCCUGCUCCUGUUUUGUAUCAGUUGUAAUUAAAAGGCUUUUGGUGGGUGCCACGCCAAGUCCCGUGGGCGUUGCUGAGGGGAAAGUCCGUCUCCCCCUCAGGACCGAGGGGUUGAGCAUGUUCCAGUGGGAAUAUGGUUGAAACUGCAAAAUCCUUGUCCGCUAGUGCUUUGGAGGAAGACUCCCAAGUUUAUUCAUUUUUCUUCUGCAAGCUGUUCUUUCAAAUAAAAAAGACCGCGACUAGAGCGUCGAACCGUAUCCUGCCGCCAGAGACGAUUCCAGGGCUCGGCCUCGUCACCCACUCUCCGUACCAGCGGUAGGAAGGACAUGCCUCGCUUUUUAUUGAAACACAAGCAUUUCUAUAAAACAGUAACUGACUUUGUAGGUUAGAGAAAUUGCAUCUGAAAUUUUGCCUUUUUUUUUUUCAUUUUCAUUUGAAAACUAUCACAAGCCCCAGAGUAUUUUUGUGCGAUCAUGUCCUAUUUUUGUUCUUAAAUUUGAUGGAGAAAGGAAGAUGAAAUGAAGUCACAGUUACCAAUGACUCUUCACACUCUCUUGAAGAAAUCUAUGCAUUUGAAAGAUGAAACUAAAGCUUACGAUUUUCCGUGAAACACCAGGAUGGAUUCUUGUUCAUCGGAUGAGCCCCCUCUGUAAUGUGCUGUUUCUUAUGCGGAACACUUUGGUAGCUGUCGCUCCUCCAGAGGACACUUGCCCUCAGAGUAAUCCCUGCUUCUGGCCGUUAGAGUACGCGUGACAGUCCCACGCCGCACAUCGUCUUGGCAUUGUAAAUUCAGUAUCCUAGGACUUGAACCUUGAUGCUACAUUUUUGAAGAUUUUUUAAUAACGUUAAUCAGUAAAAAAAAAAUAUUUUUGAUCUAAAUACACGCUCAGCGUAUCUGUUAGGUUUUGAAAAUUGCCAGUGUUUUGUCUUGUUCCCGUUUUUGUCUAGGCAAGGAACGUAAGAUUUCAAAUAAAAUUUUGAACCAAAAACAUUUAUAACACAGUUCUGGUUUUUCUAUUACUUUUUAUACUGUACCUUCCAAGCGUCAGGCCGAAAGUUUAUUUUGGUGGUCAAAAAGUAAAAUCUGCUUCCGCUCACGUGACCGUUUUAAAUGUGAGGCAGUAAUGACAGACACAGGAAUUGCUUCGUUUAAGAAUGUUGAUCUCAGAAAGCAGAUACUUGGUGUAAGACCAGCGCGUCUUUACUUUUUACAACUCUGGCUCAUAAAGGUGUUGUUGAAAAUGUUUUUUCUGAUUAGAAUUAAUUUUUGAAAAUGUAGAUAGCUCAUUAUUCCUUGUAAGUAUUCAGGAUGCCUUUUUUUUUAAAUACAAUUGUGGAAAGAAUGUAAGAUGUUUUAAUAUAUUCUUUGUUAAUCUGAGAACUUGCUAUGUUGAACCAUUUUCUUCAUGUGGGAGAGGGCAGGAGGGGCAGCCUGAAACGCCUCCUUAUCAAAGCAAGCAGUGGAAGUUGCAAAUAGUGUGCGUUUUUCAUAGUAAUAUUUCAACCUAAUAGAAUAUUCACCUUUAAAACCAGUUAUGGCUAGUGUGCAUUUAUUAUUUUAUCAAAAUAUGCAGCUAAGAGUUCAACCAUGAGGUCAUUUUGCGUUUGUGGGGACAUGUAUGUAUGUAGUUCUUGGUUUUCUGUUUUGGAGUGGGUCGUUUACAGCCUUUUAAAAACUAGACUCCAGGGGUGCCUGGGGGGCUCAGUCAGUUUAGCGUCCAACCUCAGCUCUAGUCAUGAUCUCACGGGAUGUGAG